AUGACCUACUCAGGUGUCACGUCGGACCAAAAGACCACUGCUACUCUUUUGAAAACAUGCGUGACCUGCAGUAGCACGGGAUCACUGCAUACAGCACGACCUAAUGCUCCGAAAGCGGAUGGCCUGCUCUCUAUGGUCUACUAUCUCAACUGGGCUGUAUAUGGUCGGAAUUUUCUCCCAGAAAACAUAGGAAAUCCUGAGAGAUUCACGCACAUCCUCUAUGGCUUUGCAAAGAAAGACACGGAUGGUACUGUCUCCCUGAGUGAUCCUUACGCAGACUUGGAGAAGUCUUGCGGCAAGAGCGAUGGGACCGGCGGCUGCAUAGCGGCUUCACAAGAGCUGAAAAAGGGUAAUUCUAAGCUGAAGACACUGCUUAGCAUUGGUGGUUGGGGGUACUUCCAAGCUGGACGAUUCGGGGUAGCUAGUACUUCUGCUAGAAGAGAAAAGUCUGCCGAAAGUGCAGUCGCGCUCGCCGAACAGCACCAGUUCGAUGGCAUCGACAUUGACUGGGAGUAUCCGCAAGACGAUAUCGCGGGAGAGAACUUCCUCGAGCUUUUGAGGGUGACAAGAACGAGUCUUGAUGCCUCUAGUAUCAGUACGCCUCUAAUGACGGUAGCUAUUUCACCCAAUGCAGAACGCUAUAGUCACCUGAAGAUCAAAGAGAUGGAUGGGGUUCUGGAUUAUUGGCUGCUAAUGGGCUACGACUAUUCAGGAUCUUUCAACAAGACCACUGCCCACUCAGCAAACGUGUAUCCUUCCACCAGUAACCCACUAGCUACACCAUUCAAUACUCACGAAGGCUUAGAGGCUUACAUGAAAUCGGGUGUUCCUUCGAACAAGAUCAUAUUGGGCAUGCCGCUCUACGGCCAUGACUUCGUUGGAACAGAUGGCUUGGGGCAACCGUUCUCGACCGCGUCGUUGGGAUCGUGGCCAGAUCCAGCAGACAAGGGCCCUACCGGCGUUUGGGACUACAAGGCCCUAGCCGCGAAACUAGCGAAUACCACUCAGAUGGAUAAGGAGGUAAUCGCAUCAUGGAGCUACGAUAACAUUACCCAUACCCUGGUCUCUUAUGACAACCAGGAUGUGGCCGAAUUGAAGGGGCAAUACAUUGUAGAUCAAGGUCUUGGUGGGGCAAUGUGGUGGGAGAUCAGUGGUGAUGAAGAGAGCGACGGCGGGCUGAGUUUAGUAGAUGCGACCCUCAAGGCCUUCGGCUCAGAAUGA